UGAAGAAUCUGCCUGGCACCCCUGGAAAUUGGUUAUCAGAUCUUGUUUGAUCUGAUAAUUCUUAUAAUUCGUAUAAUUCUGGUUCGCGUCAAAAACGCCAUUUGACCCCUGUCAGUCGUCGCGCUUUGCCUAUUUGGGUCUCCGAAUUGACCGAGCUGGACCGCCGUCCUCCGACAUGCUGUGGGGAGCACUUCAGCUUCCUCUGGUCGACGCGUAAAUUCCAGCCACCGAGCUCGCGAUCAACUAAAGUCAAGUUAAGAGAAUCCCCACUUUAAACAAAGCGCGACACUUAAAAAAGCGCGACACGCUCUUCUAAACACCCUUCUUACAGACAUCAACUCAAACCACUUCCACUCUACCUUCUCCAGACGCGUCUUCAUUUGAGCAGUCUUUCAGUGAAUACUUGCAAUCAUCUGCAUUUCAUCUUAUUUCAACCCCAAUUUGUCCCACAACAUCUCACACAAUGGCGACUGAGAUCACCCCUUCCAAGAAGGUUGCUUCUGACAUCGAGUCGUUGAAGAUGACAUCGCCUAUCAAGAGAAUCGACUGGUCUGGCAAGGAAAACGUGCCCUUGAACACUGACGCCGGAAUCGAGACGGAGAAGCCCAUGGUGCAAAAGACAAAGGAGAUUGAGAAGCCCCAGAUCGCACCCACCCUCAAACCUGAGGAGGCCGACGAGCCUCUCCUGCAGGAGAACCCCCAACGAUUCGUCCUGUUCCCCAUAAAGUACCAUGAGAUCUGGCAAAUGUACAAGAAGGCCGAGGCUUCUUUCUGGACUGCCGAGGAGAUUGACCUGUCCAAGGACAUGCACGACUGGAACAACAAGAUUAAUGAAGAUGAGAAGUUCUUCAUCUCCCACAUUCUUGCUUUCUUUGCCGCGUCAGAUGGCAUUGUCAACGAGAACCUGGUCGAGCGCUUCAGCGGCGAAGUCCAGAUCCCCGAAGCUCGAUGCUUCUACGGCUUCCAGAUCAUGAUGGAGAACAUUCACUCCGAGACCUACUCGUUGCUCAUUGACACCUACAUCAAGGAGCCCGCCCAGCGAACCUAUCUUUUCAAUGCCAUUGAAACUAUCCCUGCUAUCCGCAAGAAGGCCGACUGGGCUCUGAAGUGGAUCGCCGACAAGAACUCCACCUUCGCCCAGCGUCUCAUUGCCUUCGCCGCCGUUGAGGGAAUCUUCUUCAGUGGUGCUUUCGCAUCUAUCUUCUGGUUGAAGAAGCGCGGUCUUAUGCCCGGCUUGACCUUUUCCAACGAGCUCAUUUCUCGCGACGAAGGUCUGCACACCGAUUUUGCCUGCUUACUGUUCUCCCAUCUGAAGCACCGUCCUGGCAAGGAUGUCAUCGAGGCUGUCAUCGUCGACGCUGUCAAGAUCGAACAAGAAUUCUUGACCGAAGCCUUGCCUUGUGCUCUUCUUGGCAUGAACGCGGAUCUCAUGAAGCAGUAUAUCGAGUUUGUUGCCGACCGUCUCCUGGUCGCCCUUGGCAACGACAAGGUCUACCGUUCGUCAAACCCCUUCGACUUCAUGGAGAACAUCUCGCUCGGUGGCAAGACCAACUUUUUCGAGAAGCGCGUCGCCGACUAUCAGAAGGCUGGUGUUAUGAACAGCACCAAGAAGAACGACGAGGCGCCAACGCACGGCACAGGCGAGAACGGUGGCGACUUCACUUUCGAUGAUGACUUUUAGAUGUCUCGUUGAAUCGUGUUUGUUUUUCCGCAUCGCACAAUACCCUAUUGCCGCUUAUAGAUCCGCCUUUGUGUAUAUGGAAUCUCGUCGGCGGCGUCUUUGUGC